AUGACGGAUCACUCAGUGUCUCAAACUCCUCGAACCAAUGCUGAACUGAUAGCUGCCAAUACCGUUCUACUAGCCAAAAAUCAACGAAUGGACGAACUCUUGACGACAAUGCAGAAAAAUGGCGAAGGAAAUGAAAAUAAUGAGAAGGCAAACAACAAUCAUCAUGAAGAAAACCUGACAGAAUCAAAUGCAAAGAUAGGGGAAACACCCCCCAAAAUAGGAAGACGACGGACCAAUCCUUUCUCGAAAGAAAUAAUGAGUUUUAAAAUGCCUAAAAUUUUUACACUUCUAAUGAUUUUGACACCGUACAAUGGGAUCGGAGAUCCUAAAGUUCAUGUCACAAAAUUCGAAUCCAUGAUGUUUCUUAAUAGUGAUUCCGAUCCCAUCUUGUGCUGUUCCUUUCCGACCUUUUUGGAUGGAGCUGCAUUAUUAUGGUUUUCUAAUUUGCUUGCUGGUUCUAUAACCAGUUUUGAUGAAUUUGCCAAGUUGUUCAUAAAUCACUUCGCAGCAUCCAAAAUUUAUGUUCGAGAUUCAGACUACCUCAGCACGAUCAAGCAACGACAGCACGAAAGCCUAAAAGAUUACAUGACACGCUUCACAACGGCAGCUAUGAAGAUCCCUAACCCCAACCCGAAAGUACAGUUGCCUGCCAUUAAAAGCGGUCUCCGACCUGGAAAGUUCCAGGAAGCUAUAGCUGUGGCAAAACCGAAAAUAUUGGAGGAGUUUUGGGACAAGGCCACUGGACAAAUUGUAAUAGAGGAGUUACGUGAAACUUGA